AUGAAGUCGUUAGUUGUUCUCUGCCUGAUCGCCGGCGCCUUUGGCGAAGCGCCGAGGCCUAGAGUGGGGAAUCGGGCAUUGCCGUCCCUGAGGCCUGCCAGGUUCAGAUCUCAGCGCUUCGAGAUUGUCCCAACGACGACAGACUCGCCGACGGAAGCCACCACGCAAGCGGAAGGUCCGUACCCGCCGGCCGGUUGGAGACCAGCGGGGGCGCCAUUCAAGCUGCCCACCGAAGUGAAGGCCCCGGCCGAUACCUACGGUGCACCCAUAAUGAGCGCCCCCUAUCCCGCUUCAGGGUGGAAGCCAGACGGGCAGCCUUUCUUACUGCCGCAAAAACAGUCACCUCCGGCGGCGAGCUACGGGGCACCAGACAAUGCUUACGGUAGCACAGAUGACUCAACGACCACAGACUCAUCGGUGGCAGAGACCACUGAGAAUCUGCUGGUGGAAAAGUUGACAGGGCCCGUGGAGGUGCAAAGGAGUGUCGGCACAUAUUACAUCCUUCUCCCUAACGGCCAGCUGCAGAAAGUACAGUUAUUGACGGAAAAUGAUGUCAAGAACAUGAGAUACAGUGCGAAGUUGCAACUGAGGGACCGGGCGCCCUUGUAUUUACUGGGUCGA